AUGUGCGUGCCUGACCGCCCCUCGCUGCCUGCCAACAAAAGCAUCUCGUCCCCCUGCAAUGCGCUCGCGAUUUGCGACAGUGUCUGCAAUCCGGCCAUGUCAUCUAACCACUGGGGGACGUUGAUCAACUCCGACAAGAGCCCUGCGCCGCUGUUGGAGCAACUAUGUCUCGGAAUCGCGCAGAAGAUUCCUUCGCUCGAUAACGGUGUCACGGCCGACCUUACCCCGGAACGCCUCGCGGCCUUCUACCGCCAGGUCGGAGGAAACUACGAUCCACUGUUUCUCGAAACUAAAUCUCAGGCCCUAUCUUUUAUCUACCAGUCCCUCGGCUGCUUUCACAGCCUGCAGCCCGCCGACAGCCCAUAUAAGCCACCAUGCGUGCCCUCGCUCCUCCCGAACGGGUUUGUCCGAUGGCAAACAAUCCAAAUUCUCAUGGAUCCGGAUGAGAACUGGCAAUAUUUACAAAAUGCACUGAAGUUGUGGGAGAUUGCUGACGUCCAGGGUAACUACUUCCCCAAGGAACUCCCCCGAGGGGCAUUGCCCUCGGAACCGGACCCGGAAAUGCUGCAAUGGCAUGAAGGGGUUAGCAAGAGGCUGAAGUAUGACUACGAGAAGAGAUGCGAUUGGGAGAAAAAGAAGAGCCAACAAUAUUCGCCGCCAAACUUUGGAGAUUGGCGUUAUCGUUUCAAUGGAAAAGAAGCACUCCCCGAUGAGGACGAGUAUUUCAGUCCUCCGCAUCGGCACUCCAGGUCGCGCCAACAUAGCUACGCUGACCCGGAUCGUGAGAGUGGCAGUCACCGAGGGCAUCGCAGGCGACUCAGUUCCGAUUACCCCGCAUUCACCCCUCGCAGACGAGAGCCGAGUUUUGUUCCUCGACCAGAUGGGGGUAGAUCUGGCCUGACAUCCCCUCGGGCCACCUCUCCAGAGCCUCGCCGGGAUCGUCCCAUGCACUCACGAGGCCGAGAGCGUGCGUCUUGGUAUGGCCGACCAUUUAGUCCCGAAGCGGAAAGCGAUGCCCAAGAAGCAGACGAAGAUGAUACAUCAGACGAUACCAUCCAUGAAGAAGAACUCGCAAGACCUAGACAUCGCCAUCGCCCUCGCCACCUGUCUCCGCCAUCAGACCCCCGUGCUCGGCGUCACUCCCACGAUGCCUAUACGCGCAAGCCUGCACGCCAAUUUUCCCCCGACCCGGCCUAUAGAAUGAGCCAUAGAACCAAAGAUUUCCUACCGCCAAAGACCAGAAAAUCAACCUCCGAGUCGACAAGACUGUAUCCCGAAGAGCGAUCUCGAUCUCGACCGCGAAGUAGUAUCCCGGCCAGCGGGAAGUUUAGAGACUACACCCUGGGUGGACCGGUAUCUGGACCGCCUCCAUUCUCACGAAUGGCGCCCCGGGACCGCUAUCCUCCAGACCCCUACGACGAUGUCCGCUGGGGAAGCCAUAGUAGCGGGAGCAGCUCCGAGCGAUCUCGCUCUUAUGGGAAUGCGGGAUUCGCACCGCGGAAAUCACGAAUGGUACCGUCGCACUUGGCAGACGAUGCCGGGUAUGGCCCAUCUCGAAGAGUGCCCAUUUAUGACUGA